AUGGGGAAGGGAAGAGAAGGAGGAGUAAUAUAGGAGUAUUGGAAGUGCCGUGGGUGGUGCGCGCGCCGGGGAGCUUCAGGCAGGCAGUCCUUUCCCGACCAUCCCAGAAGCAGCAGCAACAGCAAGGCAUGAAGGUGUGGGAGGGCGUGACUCUGGUGCUGUGGGCGGCGGUGGCGUCAGCCCGCGCCGCCUCUCUGGCCAAGGAGUCUACGAGUUCCGAGUUCGAAUGGAAGCACCACAACAAUCAGGAGCUGGAGGCGGCGCUGCGGCAGGUGGCGAGCCGCUGCCGGGACGUGACGCGGCUCUACGCCCUCAGCGAGCCCUCCGUCAGGAACGUGCCGCUGUGGGUGCUGGAGAUGAGCGACAAGCCUGGCCAACAUGAGGAGCUGGAACCCGAAUUCAAGUACGUAGCCAACAUGCAUGGUAACGAGGUGGUGGGGCGCGAGCUACUGCUGGGGCUGGCCAACUAUCUGUGCGAGGGUUGGCGCUCCGGGGACAAGGACGUCUUCAACCUGCUGACCACCACGCGCAUCCACCUCCUGCCCUCCAUGAACCCCGACGGAUGGCAGCUGGCGACGGAGACGGGCGGACGGGACUACCUGGCGGGUCGGACCAACAACAACAGCGUGGACCUCAACAGGGACUUCCCGGACCUGGACACCGUCAUGUACAUCAACGAGGCGCGGCACACCACCAGGAACAACCACCUGAUGGAGCUGCUGCAGAGCCUCGACUACCAGCCGCAGCCGGAGACGUGGGCUGUGAUGAAGUGGGUCAUGAACACGCCUUUCGUCCUCUCCGCCAACUUCCACGGCGGCGACCUCGUGGCUAACUACCCCUACGACGCCUCCCGCUCCGGCGCUACCCACGAAUAUGCCAACAGCCCCGACGACGAGACCUUCAGGCACUUGGCCCGCGUGUACGCCACCCACCACCCUGAGAUGUCCAGCUCGAGCACACAGCCCUGCUUCCCCGGUGACAACAAGUUCGGCGACAAGGGCGGCGUCACUAACGGCGCCGAGUGGUACAGCGUGCAGGGAGGUAUGCAGGACUUCAAUUACCUGGCCUCCAACGACAUGGAGAUCACGCUGGAGGUGGGCUGCGUCAAGUACCCGCCCGCCUCGGCCCUCAAGACUGAGUGGGAGAGGAACAAGGACGCGAUGCUGGAGUAUAUGUGGCAGGCACACACCGGGGUCAAGGGGGUAGUUCGCGACGCCCUCACCGGCCAAGGUCUGCCCAACGCCAUCAUCCACGUCAAGAAUGUCACCCGCUUCAACGACACCCACGUGAGGGAUGACCACAUCAACCACGACGUGACCUCCGUUCGCGGCGGGGAGUACUGGCGUCUGCUGGUGCCCGGGGACUACGAGGUGACGGCGGCGGCGGAGGGGCACCUGCCGCUCACACACUCCAUCACAGUUACCAACACGCCGCACACCCAGGCCAUCAGGCGGGACUUCGACCUCAGCCCCAUCCUGGACGACGCCUUCCUGCAGCAGCUGUCCGCGGGGAAGGAGGAGCUCGGUCCCGCGUACGAGGAUGGCCCACUGAGCGACGACCCCAGCCUGGACGACCUCCCCCUCGACCAAGACCUCCUCAGCCGCUUCCGAGGACUGGCAAACAUGAGAUACUAAGAAGCCACGCCCAGCCACCCAGCCAGCCGUACCUCAGCCAACCAUCCAUCCAUCCUUCAGCCAUGUCCUUCCCGUCUGACCACGCCCAUCAGCCACCCACUCCAGUCAGCCAAUUAGCCUACCAUCCAGUCAGCCACUUCCUCCUCAGUCAGUCAUCCAUUCAUCCAGACAGUUAUUACCAAGGCAAAUCACACAGCAAGAAAGAAGUUAAAUUACGAAAAGAGGAAGAAAGGAAGGAAGAGGAAGAAAGAAAAAGGGAAGAGACAAACAAACGAAGGUGAAAAUAAUGAUGAUAAUGAAGGAAGAGAAAGUGGAUAACCAAACGAAGAACAGAAUACGAAGAGGAAGAAAGAAAGAUAGGAAGAGGAAGAAAGAAAAAAAGAGGGAAGAAACAACCAAAAUGAGGCUGGAAAAGAUGAUAAUGAUGAAGGUAGAACAAUAAUUAAUAAAAGAAGAACAAAUAGAAGAUUGAACUGCGUAAACAGACUAAAAGAAAUGCAUUUCGAAGACGUUAUGGUGGAGGAGGUGACGAGAAGAGGGUGGAAGAGGCUAGUCAGCAAGUGGAAUGAGACUGGUGGAUGGUGAGGCUAGUGGAACAGACUGGCUGGAUGACUGAAGGAUGGCUUGAAGACGUGGAUGGCAAGGUGAAGAGAGGAUAGUAGGAAGAGGCUGGUAUUAGGCUAGACGGCGGCGAGGCGGAAGAUAAAGCAACAAAUAUACUAUCGAUACCAUUUCAGUAUUACUCGUAUCAUCGUGAGGAGAAGCUUGUGGUGGGCGGCUGAAGUGGUUAAGUCAAAACAAACCCAACAGAGCAAUGAGUGAAAAAUAGGGGAAAAUUGUUGAAAAAAAUGUGCAAAAUCUCUUUAAUAUGUCCAGUACUUGGCAGGGAUGAAUAGUAUGGGGAAAUUGUUGAAAAAAUGUGCAAAAUCUCUUUAAUAUGUCCAGUACUUGGCAGCGAGAAGACGAAGAAGGAAAUUAAGUAGAAUAAGAAGAGCGAGAUGAAGAAGAGCAAGAAGAACAAGAAGAAAAUGGUAUUGAUGAAGGAAGAAGAAGGAGACGAAGAAGAAAAUGAAGUAUAAGAAGAAGAGCAAGAACAAGAAGAAAAUGGUAUUGAUGAAGGAAGAAGAAGAAGACGAAGAAGAAAAUGAAGUAUAAGAAGAACAAGAACAAGAAGAAAAUGAUAUUGAUGAAGGAAGAAGAAGGAGACGAAGAAGAAAAUGAAGUGUAAGAAGAAGAACAAGAACAAGAAGAAAGUGAUAUUGAUGAAGGAAGAGCAAGAAGAUAAACAUACGAAGAAGAGGAGCAAAAAUUAUUAAACAAGAACAAAUAGAAGAGAUAAAAAAAAAUAAUCACGAACAAGAACAAGAAGAAGAAAGUAAUAACGAAGGAAGAACAAAAAGAUAACAUACAAAGAAGAACAAAAAAUCACUAAAACAGGAGAAAAUAAACAAUAAUAAUAAGUAAACAAACAAACUCCAUCACAACCACCACUACCACCACCACCACCACCAACAACAACAACAGCAGCAGCAAUAACAGCAACAAUAACAAGAGUAACAAAAACUCUAACAAUAAGAACAAUGUAUUUCCAGCAUUAUUCCAACUUCUAUAGCCCUUGAAAUUCCUCUCUCUCUUUCCCGUGUAUCAACAACUACAAGAACACAAUAAACAGCCCAUUAAAGACAAACACCAUCACACCUAAGAUACGAGAACGAGCAGCUUGGCAGACAGGGAGAUGGAUAGAAAGACAGGCAGAUAAAAAGCUUCUAUCAAUCGUAUCUGUGACUCCUAUUCCUUCAAUCGGUGUUCAUAUGAUGCAGGAGGACAUGAAUUGAGUCUGUAAUGUCAGUGGAUUUAGGGAGGCGAUGCAGCUAUCAUAGGUUCAUAUUUUUAAACGUAUCGGGCCCCCAUUGCGAUCAUUUCCCAAGGCCACAGAAAAGAUUAACAGGGUUUUCAUGGAUGUUUUCCCUCCAGAGAUGUUUGUAAUAGUAUCUCUAGCAUCGCAAAGCAGUCCAUGGAAAUCCCAGCAACAUGUACAAGAGGCUUUUCAAACAGCCGAACUGAGGCCCCGAGACGUUUGAGAAUACGGUGGCGGAGUGGUAGAUGCGUCGACUCCCUGAUCUCUUGGUCGGGGUUCGAGCCUCAGCGGCGCCGCCCGGAGGAGGGAGGAUGAGCCCCGUUCAGUGUACCCUUAGUUUAGUAGUACAGCGGCUCGAGCUUACCCUUUGUUUGCUGCGAGGCUGCAGACAUCCCUGACACCGUAUUACUCUGUAGAGUAAGCCGAUGCAUUAUGUUCAGUAAUGUAUCCAGGCUGGAGCGCUGACUCAUGCGCUACCUUCCAAUUGGUGCUCCUCAGGAAGAAAAACUAUGCUGAAAAAUUUAACCGAGGCCGAAAAAAUAUUUAUUGUCAAAAUGAAGACUGACGAGUAUUAUUUACUACGACAGUUUUUUAUUUUUUAUUAUGUCAAGGUAAUUUUCUCAACGUAGCCUUG